GCGUUUAUUUAGAGAAAUGUGUUCUACAGCUGGCGAUUUGGAAGAAUAUGUAACGAAAUAUUUAGAAGGAUGUACAAAUUUAUCUCUCUUAUUAGAUUAUGAUGGUACUCUAACACCUAUUGUUGAUCAUCCAGACCUGGCAAAAAUCCCACCUGAAACUAAGGAUAUCUUAGAAAAAUUAUCCAAAAUUCCUGAAAUAUUUGUGGCAAUUAUAUCUGGUAGAGCUGUUGAUAAUGUAAAGAGUAUGGUUGGGUUAGAUAUUAUUACAUAUGCUGGAAAUCAUGGACUGGAAGUAUUAUAUCCAGAUGGUUCUAGAUACAAUCACCAGUUACCUUCCAAUUUAGAUGAUAAACUAAAAGAAUUAAUUGCCAAAUUAGAAGAGAAAGUAGUCCGAGAUGGCGCUUGGAUAGAAAACAAAGGAUCUACCAUAACUUUUCAUUAUAGAUCUACUCCAGAGCCUUUAAAGGAAACAAUAAGACAGGAAGCUGAAAAGAUCAUACAAGAAUUCAAUUUUAAAAUUGGAAAAGCACAUAUGGCAAUAGAAGUAAGGCCUAAAGUGGAAUGGAAUAAAGGCAGCAUUGCACUUUUACUUUUAGAGAAGAAAUAUGGACAGAACUGGAAUAAGGAAACAAAAGUUAUAUUUAUUGGGGAUGAUACGACUGAUGAAGAUGCAAUGAAGGCAUUGAAAGGAAACGCAGCUACUUUCAGGAUUGCUAAAUGUGAUACAAUGAAAACUUAUGCAGAAAAAAUUAUAGCAUCAACUGAUAAUGUUAUAGAGAUAUUGAAAUUAGUCAAUGAUCAUUUCAAGAAAUGAAUUUUUGUAUAUACAUAAUAAGUUUAUGGUAUUGGAAUAUUAUAAAAUAAAAAGACAUAUAUUUGUA